UUUUCGCUGUCGUCCACCUUUGCGCACAGUUUAAAUUUUGCGUAGCAGACGGCAAAAAAGCAGACGGUAGCAAACAGACGACAGAUUCCAGUAAAAAAGAGAAAGAGAUGUUCAGAUUCUUUGCUUUCAUCAUUACAAGCAGCAUUUUAGUUGCUGCAAAAGAGCUGACAUCAGUCGCAAAGCGAAGCCAUAAUCACGGCCCUGAUUGGAUGGACCAUUGCUGGGAACAUGGUGUUAAUCACGUGAUGGAUCCAUUCUGUCCUCUUCACCGCCAUGAAAAUUGCUACCGUGCACCGGAGAUUAAAAAUGGAAAUCACAGUCAGAAUUACCAAAGAACUGUCGGCUCUACAGUGGGCUACUAUUGUUACGAGGGCUACUUUCUUACUGGACCGGAAGUAGUAACAUGCGAACAGACAGAGACUGAUGCAAAGUGGUCGCAGACACCGGUCUGCAAUAAAGGUUGCAGCACUCCACCGACGGUUGAACAUGGCAGUUAUAGCAAGAACUAUAGCAUAAUUGUCGGCUCCACGGUGUCUUACUCUUGUGAUGGUGGGUACUAUCUCACUGGUCCUUCAAUAGUUACAUGUGAAAAUACAGAUUCUGGUCCGCAGUGGUCUCAAACGCCGAUUUGCAAACCAGUCAAGUGCCCGGAUAUUCCCGACAUUGAGCACGGUUUCCAUGAGUCCACAAAUUCAACAGAAGUUGGAACAACUGUAAGGUAUUCAUGUGAUAAUGGGUAUGCAAUUCUAGACAAUCUGGACACAAUCUCUUGUGUGUUAAACGGCACUGCGAAAUGGACUGAACCCACUCCUGAGUGUAUAGAGACAAUUUGCGCUCGACCUGUAAUCGUAAAUGGGGUCAUUUUGUUACCGGGUAUGAAUUUAACAACUGCUUUGCCUGACAAAACUGUCGAGACAACAACAGAACUGCCAUUCACUAUUACUGAAGCGCCAGAUGUAUACAAUAUGACAACGACGACAGAAGUUCCAGAUACGUUUAAUGAAACAACCACGAGUCUUCCAGAUAAUUCCAAUGAUACAACUGUUCUUCCUGAUACGCUGAAUGCUACUACCGCCCUACCAGACACAACAAACGAUACAGCUGUUGAUCUAACUGAUACAGCAAACGAUACAUCUGCAGUUUCCAACGAAACAACUACAACUACAACUACAGCUUUGCCAGAUACGUCUAACGACACAACUACUGCAAUGCCAGAUAGCUCUAAUGAAACAACCACAGCUAUGCAGGGCGUAACUACUGAAGUAACUACCCUUCUGCCAGACACAACUACAACUCCACCAACUACCACCACCACUCUAUCACCAUAUGUUUACAUAACAAACGAAACAUUCCUUAUUAAUGAUACAAUUAUAUACAAAUGCAACCCUGGAUAUGGUAUCGUCUCGACAGCAUAUCCAGGAUAUGUUGGAAAUACUAUGGGAGCUACGUGUAUCAGUACAGUAAAUGCAACGUCUAACAUGAUAACUGCUUGGAGUACAACAGUGUCUUGUGUACCAGAAUGCCAGCCUGUUCCCGAUGUAGCAAAUGCAAACUACACGGCACCGUCAAACACACUUGCAGGAUCAACAGUUGUGUACACGUGUUUCCCUGAUUUUGAAAAGAUUGGUCCAUCAGAAGUCAAGUGUAUGUCAACUGGAAAGUGGAGCAAGCUGCCUUAUUGUAGAAGUUGUAUGGCCGCCCCAGAUAUUGCACAUGGGACACAUAAUACUGACUAUAGUACCACAGUAAACUCAAAAGUAUCUUAUGUGUGUAAUGAUGGCUUCAGUAUGCUUGGCUUAGAGGAAAUCACGUGUAACACAUUCAGCGAACCACCUUACGCCAAAUGGACAGAGCCACCUGUAUGCACACGUGCAUGUGGAACUGUUCCUGACAUUAGCAGUGGUACUCAUACUGAACCCGAUCAUAUAUUGAUUGGUGCAAACAUUACAUAUUCAUGUUUAGAUGGAUUUGAGAUGAUCGGUUCUCCGAAUGUUGUUUGUGAGGCUUCAGGAAACUGGAGUAAAGCACCUGUAUGUAACAAAGUUUGUGUUGGUCCACCCGACAUACCAAACUCAGUGAUUAGCAGGUACACAUACAAUGAAACCGACAGGAUUAAAUUGGUAUGUGAAGAACGAUACACACUGAUAGGAAAUGAUACACUUGACUGCAAUGGAGGAUAUUGGAGUACACCAUUCCCGUAUUGCCAAUGCGAAAUCAAGCCGAUAGAUAUUGUGUUCAUUAUCGACGGAUCCGGGAGUCUCGGAGCACAUGGCUUCAGUCAAACACUUCACUUUGUUGUUGAUAUGGUCUCGAGGUUCCCUAUUGAAACAACCAACUUUGGUUUGUUGACCUUCUCCACAGGCACUUUCCUACAGUUUUACUUGAAUGAAUACGUGAAUGACACGGCUGGACUUUCUGAACGCAUUAGAAAUACCUCAUAUCCAACUGGAGGGACCCAUACUUACGCCGGUUUAGAAUUUGCCCGACUUGAAAUGUUCCAGGAGAAAAACGGAAUGAGGCCAAACGUGUCACAUACUGCUAUUGUAGUUACCGAUGGUCACAGUGACAAUUUUAACGCCACUGCGGAACAAGCUCGACUUUUGAAAGAAACUGGUGUGACCGUAUAUUCUGUUGGUGUCGGUCUUACUGAUGAAAAAGAGCUCCAGCUUAUCGCGUCAAACACAACAUAUGUGUUCACUGUAGACAACUAUGAUACAAUUAAUGAGAUUGCAGGACCUCUGGCUGGAGUAACAUGCGCUUCCACUCACGGUACACCGAGAAGCGAAGGUUUGAUAUGACAAUAGUCGUUUAGUGAAAAUAGUUUGUCAUAGUUCCCAUUAAAAAUUUACUGAUAAUUA